AGCGAUCCAGACCGUUGUGAAUCUGUAUGUAUCCAGCCAGGCAGGCACGACCGAAAACUAAUACCUUAUUAUUCUGGCAUGAAUAGUGAGGCAGCGCCUCGAUGACGACGUCAACGACGACGUCGUUCUUAUCAUUAUCAGAUGUACUCAUUAUGCGCUGCGCCUCUACCGCCACGUAUUUUACUAUCCAGAACUUGAAAUAUAUCCUGCAAAUAACUACAGUGCACUGAAUAUUCACCGUGAUGGUAUUUCAGUAUCCCAAUUGAUCACAGACCGAGAUUCAUAGGCACAUGUAUGCACAUGUAUGGAUCUAGGAUUACUACAACAGACAGUCUAGUCCAUUCGCACAGUAGUGUGUACUGCCACAAACCGUGGAAUACCAUAACGGCAUACUGUGUUGAUCAGACACCGUGAGGGAAAGAGGAUUAGCUGGUCGCCGUUCCUACAGAUAAUUAACCUUGUCUGUCUUGCCUUGUCUUGCCUUGUUGCGCCUUGUCUUGCCUUGAAAGUACCUUUUUACUGGUCGCUGUCACUACCACCAACUUAUAUUCUGAGCCCCCGUAUUCAGUAUUGUAUUAUAAUCUUCUAUUACCUGUCUUAUACCAUACAUUCCCAGCCUCACACGACCUAAUAAGCCAAUCCCGUGAGAAACCGCAGCCAACGAUCUUGUGGCUGAAUUAUUGGGUGGUAAGCCUUAUCGCCAUCCGCCUAGUCUGCCCCUCAUCACCCCGCAAUCUCUACCACAGGAAAAAGGCGCGCUACGUAUGACGAUGAGCGAACGAUCUAUGCCUGGCCCUUACGCUUAACAUGGCACUCUGACCUGACACUCUCCACAGAAAAAAAAACCCCCUCAACCAUGCCUCUCGAUCCCGAUCACCAGGAGGUGCAAGAUGCGCCGAUAAUACAGAACGUCGACGAGCUGGGCGGCCCUCCCGGCGACUACUCUGAUGACGCUAAUAACAGGUUCUUUAUCACCAACAACGCGGACGAGGGACAGCAGGGCGAAGACAUCCGGUCUCUGCGCUCUCUGCAUCCGUAUACUCGUCCGCUGACCGUCUCCGACCUCGACUCCUGCAUUGCUCUCGAGAAUGCCGCCUUUAACGAGAAUGAGAGAUGCAGCCCGGAUAAGUUCAAAUACCGCCUCAGCAAAUGCGGCGAACUCAGCCUCGGCCUCUUCUGCACCGCGACCCCCGACUCCGACAUCCCCGCCGCGACCCUCGCGACCGGCAAACCCGUCGAGACCUCCCGCGCCAACGGCGCCGUCAGCGUUCUCCUCGCCCACGUCGUCGCGACCAAGACGCGCGACGGCCUCGCCACCGACGUCGCCAUGGAUUAUCCGCGGGACUGGGAGAGCAUCAAGAGGGAUGAGAGGAUCGAGGGGCAUCAUGAGGAUGGGAGGACCAUCUGUGUGCAUUCCCUGGCUGUGCUGCCCGAGUUUCAGGGGUCGGGGAUUGGACGCACUAUCAUGAUGGCGUAUAUGCAGCAGAUGAAUGGGGCGGGGAUUGCGGAUAGGUUGGCUAUUAUUGCGCAUGGACCCUUGGUGCCGUACUAUGAGAAGCUUGGGUUUGUGAGCAAGGGACCUAGCGAGGCUCAGUUCGGAGGAGGAGGGUGGAUUGAUAUGAUAUUCGACCUCAAAUCCAUCGAGGCACGAGCCAUGUACGGAUGAGUCUAGCGGGCACAGGAACGGCGGCGCAACGGCGGCGCCGCAUUAUACGGAGGAUGAGUUCAGUAGCAGUCAGACACAGGGUGAAGGGCGCUGCAUUGUAUGCAUUUGCUGGAGAAAUAUCAUAUCAUAGUGCCAUCCCGGCAAAUUCCAACUAUCUUAGCUUGUAAACACACGGUUUCAGCACCCC